GGGUAACAACAGAAUUGUAUCACUUGAAAGACAACCAAACUCGGUGUCAUUGAUGCUAACUUGAAGAUAGAGAUCUUCUCCUCAUAACAUGUCCCGUUACCAGUUUUGGUUGAUUUUCUUGGCUGUGGCUUUGGUAGAUGGCAGGCCUCGACAUCACCGCAAACAUAAACCAGCACCCGGAGAAAAACCACAGUAUUACCAACAGCCCAUAGUCGACCAGCCGCUGUUGGAUGCCCCUGGAGAUCCUCAGAACUUGAACGUCUAUAAUGUCCAUGUGAACAAAUUGCACAAAGACAACAAAGUAUCUGGACACAUAGGCCCGCAUAGCGUGUCUGUAUCCAUGCAGGGGCCAGGUACGGUUUCUCUGGAUACUAGCCAGCUAAACGUGCAGCCUGAAGACCAGCAACCAGACCACACCAUCACCAUGGUAAAAGACAGCGGCCCAUGCCCGCAGUGUAGCAUGGUGAAUGUGAAAACAGGUCUCAAAGGGCCCAUACCCCUUCCUCUCACGGGGCCCUCGACACCGGUGGAACAAUCAUCGAAGGCAGCAAAACCAGGGCAUGAUGGGAAAAGUCCUCCGUUAGACGAAGAAAAACAAACACACCCAAAGCAAAAAUCAAACAAGGAAGUUUUACUCGAAGAAGGACAAGAGCCUGUAAAACAAGAGCACGAGCCUGAGCAGUUACUUCAUGAACCCGAAGAGGAGCAUAAACCUGUAAACAAACCUGGAGCCGAGACACCUUUGGCUCUCGUGCACCAUCAAGUUGACAAGAUGCUGUCUAAUAAGAUAAUUACAAACCUUGAAAGUUCAAUACCUGUUAUGGCUCAUAAACCAAAGCACGAGGAGCAAGUUGUAAAGGGUCACAAAUUAAGAAUAGAAAGUGGAGGAAAUCAUCAGAAACUUGUUGGCAAAAUGGACCCCAAUAAUGCAAAUAUUGUUGCCCAGGGCCCUAAAACAGUAUCCGUGACGUCCAGCGGCACAGAAGUUACCCAGAGUGUCAUAUUUGACCCCAAUCCUUAUUGCCCCGACAAACCGUGUCCACCAGGACAAGGGGGCGAAGAAGGAAAAGGACACCACUAAAUGACUGGGAUGAAGGAUGUCGCUACGAGCAGAUGACAAUCUGAGGUUUUAACACCGUUGAGAAAGAGGAGAGACGAAAAGCAGAAAGUUAAACACUCUGUAUUUGCAUCUUAUUUCACACCUUUAAAUUUUAUAUUAAAAAAAGUAUUUUUAAUCUCUAAUGAUGUUGAAGACGAUCGCUCUUCCAAAUCUUUAUUACAACUUCAAGAAGAAUGUUAUUUUUGAGAACUGAAAGUUGAGUGCGGCAUUGAGAAAUAAACUCAUUUA